AUGGUUGACACCGGAGAACUGAUGGAGAUCAGUUUGUCGGCUUUACUGCCAUGCAGAAACCCGAGACAGGAACUGAUCCCCUGUCUGCCCCCAAUCCGCCCGGCUAUGAUCUCACCCCGACUGCUACCGGAAAUCUCCAACAGACUGCUGCUCUGUCCGCCAGUACCGCCCCAGAACGUCUUCUACUUCCGGCAAGAGGAUCUGGACUUCGCUCUGUUUGGCUAUACUCCCGGAACCGUCUCCUCCGUGCCGUGUUCUCACGGGCUCAGGCGAACUCCAAACAUUGGCACCUCGUCUCCCUGCUCGCACGCAUUGAGCGGCCUCAAGAUAGGAACCUUUAGCAACGGGGUUGACAAACCUCAUUCGAAUGACCUCAUGACGUCAUUACAUUUCACAGCUUGUCGAGGUUACAGAGUGGAACCUCCAGUUCAAGACCUUCCAGCAGAACUGUUUAUUUCCCAGACAAACAUAGCCGGGAUUGCACACUGUGGGGUGUUUUGCAGGAAAGACGUUGCCUGUAUAAGAAAAGGGACGCGAUAUGGACCAUUUAAAGGAAAAGUUGUCAAUACCAGUGAAAUAAAAACGUUUGAUGAUAACAGUUUCAUGUGGGAGAUUUUCAAAGAUGGUCGCCUCAGUCACUUCGUGGAUGGGCGCGGCGCGUCAGGUGACUGGAUGUCUUACGUCAACUGCGCGCGCCACCUGGGUGAACAAAACCUCAUGGUCAUGCAGCAGGCAGACGACAUCUUCUACGAGUUGUCACGUGACGUGUACGCGGGCACGGAGCUGCUGGUGUGGUAUGGGGACGACUAUAUACAGGUGAUGGGAAUCCCCGUCACUCUGAAAGGCUUGGCCGGAGACGAGGAAGACCAGCGACAAAAAGAACCAGACAACUCGGAAGGAUACCAGUGUGAGCGGUGUGGAAAGGUGUUUGCUUAUAAGUACUACAGAGACAAACACCUCAAGUACACUAAGUGCGUGGACCAGGGCGACCGCAAAUUUCCUUGUCAUCUGUGCAGCAGAUCAUUUGAGAAAAGGGACAGACUGAGAAUUCACGUUUUGCACGUGCAUGAGAAACACCGUCCACACAAGUGCGCUGUAUGCAGCAAGAGUUUCAGCCAAUCAUCAAGUCUCAACAAACACAUGCGAGUCCACAGUGGAGAGCGGCCCUACAAGUGUGUCUAUUGUAGCAAGUCAUUCACAGCCUCUAGCAUUCUGAGAACACACAUCAGGCAACACUCAGGCGAGAGACCAUUUAAGUGUAAAUUCUGUGGAAAAGCUUUUGCAUCUCACGCAGCACACGACAGUCACGUGAGACGAACGCACGCGCGUGACAAAGCCGACACGUGCAAGAUAUGCGGCGAAGAACUUGCUAAUCAAUUUGAGCUCAAAGUCCAUCUUCAAACACACUUGGGAGCCGCUUUGUAA